AUGUCCCAACAGCAGAUAGACCCAAGGAAGCAGCAAGAGCUCCAGCUCCAAUACACCAAUUUCAAAAACACGCUGCAACAAUUAGCGCAGAAGAUCGGGGAUAUCGAGCAGGAAGCCGAGGAACACAAACUGGUCAUUGAGACGCUAGACCCUCUCCCCUCCGAUCGCAAAUGCUUCCGCAUGGUUAAUGGUGUUCUUGUUGAGCGUACUGUCCAGGAUGUUCUGCCAGCACUCAAGACCAACUCGGAUGGUUUGAAGCAGGUGUUGGACGACAUGUUGAAGCAAUACAAGAACAAACAGAAUGAGCUGGAUACCUGGAAGGUGAGUCCGCACCGCGGCGAAGAAUUUUUACUAGAUCAGAGCUCUGCGGGCACCCAAUGGGGCUUGGUUGUUUCUGAAUCGGUUUAUUGA